AUGGUUUUAGGUGCGGGUGCUGAACAUUAUAGUCGUGCCAGUAAAAACGUUUACUAGCAGUACUUUUAAUAUUGUAACCAGAGAGGUUUCAAGUGCCGUGUGGAAUCAUGUUCUACAUUGAUUCCCAUUAAAACAGCACGCAUUUUUCUGUCACUUGUCAAGACGCAGCAUCACAGACACAGCAUCACAGACACCGCAGGACACGACUAGCAGCGGAACGACAGAGGAAGGCGAACAUUGUGAGGAUAUCUGGAUUUUUAUCGGUGUUACUGGUUAUUUUCUUAGCAUUAGAAAUGUUUCAGGACCACUGGUUUGGUAUCUGUUAGGAAUAGGUUAUUCUAGUUGAUGAAAUGACGAAGAUAUGUUAUAUAAGGCGAAUAACGGAGAUCAGACAGAAUUUAACGUUGGCCUCACAAGKAUCGCAUGUGAUACCUCGACUGUACUGCUCUCUAGUAUGGCACAUCUUUAGUUUAGGUAGCUAUCCAGAUAGCUAAUAAUACUUACUGGAUUUGUUUUUAUUGGAACACGAACGUGAUUUUACAGUUACAUCUAAUCUCUAAUAGAUUCAACUGACGUUAGCUAGUUUGGUAGCCGUUUUAAAUGCUGGUGUAUCCGGUAUUGUGUACAUUUAAUUUAGCGAGCUAGGCGUCUAACAAGCUAACGUUACCAACAUUUUGAUGUAGUAUGCGUAAAAGAAGAAUUGCCAAAAUUCUGGCCAAUGUUUACUAGGUCAUAGAAUACAGUAGCUUGUAAUUCUAAUAAUUAUAGCUACGUAAUUAACGUUGGCUAUUAAAUAAAUCCAGCCGGUUUACCCAUGGUUUUUGUAGGUUUAUAAUCCAAUCAGACAUAAAUUGUCUUCAUGUGAAAUGAGCCCACGUCCUAAUUUAGAAACAAAGAAUUAACAUUAGGCCACUUGAGACUAGGUUAAGCUGCUUAAKGUUUUUUUUUUAGUUUUUAGUUUAGCUUUAUAACUAGCUAGAUACAGUAGCUUGAAAACGUCGGGAUCUUGCCUGGCUACCUUCUAAAUCGCCGUUUUCCGUGCCGCCACAAUGGACAGUCACACGGAUGAUGACAGUAUGAGAGUCGGGGAGGUGGAACCCAUGCCUGGCUAUACGGGUCUCGUAACGAGAGCGUCUGCUGUGAUGCUCAAUGCCUUGAGAGACUGCAGCGCGUGCGGUCUAGAGCUCUCUAAAAGGACGCUCCUGGAUAACGCUUAUAUUACAUGGACCGAAAUCGGCCUUUUCUUCAUGUGCGCCGUUAUGUGGACGCAGAUACGACGGGGACUAACAGAAUGUCUGUUCAAGCCGUUUGCACAAUGGUGUUGUCUCCAGCCCAAAGAUACUGCCAAGAUGCCAGAGAGCGCGUGGAAGCUGGUCUUCUACACCAUGUCCUGGUCCUACAGCACCUACCUGCUCUUCUUCACCAACUAUACCUUCUUCCAUGACCCGCCCUCUGCAUUCUAUGACUGGAAGCGUGGCAUGACGGUGCCCACGGACAUCGCCAUCGCCUACCUGAUCCAGGGCAGCUUCUACGGACACUCCAUCUACGCCACGGUCUACAUGGAUGACUGGAGGAAGGAUUCUACCGUCAUGGUGGUGCACCACGUUGUCACUCUGGCCCUCAUCACCUUCUCCUACGCUUUCAGAUUCCACAGCAUUGGGUUACUGGUGCUGUUCCUCCACGACAUCAAUGACAUCCAGCUGGAGUUCACCAAGCUCAACGUCUACUUCAAGACCCGGGGAGGGGACUACUACCUCAUCCACGACAUCCUGUCCAACAUGGGCUCUGUCAGCUUCAGCAUCACCUGGUUUUGGUUCCGUCUCUACUGGUUCCCUCUGAAGGUUCUGUACGCCACCUGUGUGUCCAGCCUCCAGUCCGUCCCAAACAUUCCCUUCUAUUUCUUCUUCAACAGCCUCCUCUUGACACUCCUCUGCAUGAAUAUCUACUGGUUUUUGUUCAUAGUGGCGUUUGUAGCGAAGGUCCUGACGGGGCAGAUGAAGGAUGUGAAAGACCUGAGGGAGUACGAGGGUGAGGAGGGAGCUCAGAGGGCUGCAGCCCUGCUCAAGGCCCAGCAGCGGCUGCAGAGUGAAGAUGCAGGACAUCUCAACAACUCUGCUGAAGGGAAGCACGUGCAGAACGGGAUCACCAAGGAGAAGCAUCUAUAAAGGCCUCUCUAGUUCCACCUACUGGCACGACCUAGAUUGUUUCAGACUUAGGUCUAAGUGACUCUAGGGGUCUCGAGAAAAGGAUGAAAAAACAAUUGAUCACUUUUAUUUCUUUUUUUCCCCCGUCGUGUUCUAUAGAUUUUUUUAUUUUAUUAUAUCACUGGGAAUGUUAUUUCAGGUGACAUUUGUCUUAUAUUAACAUUACGUUUGAAGAAAAAGAAAAAAGUGUGAGUUUCAGGAAUGUUCUCUUGUGUAGCCUACCAGAAUGUUUAGAAUUAGUGUUAUCUAUAACAAACACUCACCAGACAAGGUUGAGCUACUGAUGUUUAGGCCUCUAGUCUAGACCUAUACAAACUAGAUAACGUGCACACGUUAGAGGACUAAAGCAUUCACACAGUAACCAUGUCAAAGGUCAUCUCUAGUAGAGAGAGACCUGUCUUUUUAAAGAGCAUUCCUCUUAAAAGCGUAGUGGCUUUUUUAGUUUCUACCUCCUCUUAUUCCAGGAGUGAAGGCUAAAAUACUAAAGGGAAGUAUUGCAUCAUGUCACUACCGCGGGUGUGAGAGAGUGCAUGUAAUUGGCUGGCUUUGUUUUACCAACGUGUAUUGAUUUUCAUAUCAUUGCACAGGUCGAUAGUGAACACAGCCAUUACCACAGCCUGACCUGCAUUAUUUGAAGAGCCACGUCAGUGUAGUAUUGAUGUGUCUUGCAAAUGUGAAUUACUCGUGUUCAGAUUUUGAAGGGAAACAUAAACCUUUCAACUUUUUUUUUUUUUGCCGUCGAUAAAUAUGCAUAAGAAAUAUUGCUUGCAUUCCUGUAUCGGAAAUGUAUUGUCACAUUUUCUGUUUUUAUAGCAUCUGUUGUUGCACUGAAAUGAAGGCAUACAAGCUGAUAGCUGGUUAAUGACAGCUGAUAUACAAUACCAGUCAAAAGUUUGGACACACUUACUCAUUCCAGGUUUUUUCUUUUUGUAAAAUCAUAGU